AUGCGGCCAGCACUACCCUCUGCUGAAGUCGCAGCAGCUAUUACUGCGGCUAAAGAGCUUCGCUCGGUACUGACCAGCCAGCCAGAAGCCUUAGAAACCCCUGCCUUGCGACCAUUUGGUCUUUUAAAGCCCUUUGGUGUGCCUGCUGGUGCUCGUGUUGUGGCCGGGCUUGUUGCAGCUGCUGUUCAUGCAGGGAAGAGCGCCGCUCCUUUCCAAAGUGUGGCUGCUGUUGGAGAGAAUGGCCUAACUGCAGCCGUUGCUGACGGCGAUUGCGCCGCUGCAGAAGCUGCUGCUGCCCAUGAUGGUAUUGCGGCAACUGCCAGAGCUGAUGAUGCACGAGCCGGCGAUGUGCUCGCAUGCUUCCAUGUUGCUGCAUGUGCACGUGGUGAUCCCUCAGGUGUUAGUGACUUUUCUCAACCCAAUGAUUCCCUUCUUGCACCCCUAUUCGUUCUGGAUGGUACAACCGGUAAUGCCAAUAGGGAUGCUCCUGCUGGUGAUGGCAGUGAGGGGAAAGCUGAUAUGGUUACUCUUGCCGGUGCUGCUGCACUUGCUGCUUCAGCAGCAGCUGCCGAUCGAGACAUCGUGGCGGGUCGUAGGGUGCAGUACAGUGGGUCAAUGAGCGCUGAACACACGUGCUACUCUAAACGGGGAAGGUACACGCUUGCUCUUGCAGGUUCUGCUGCUGCUGGUGCUGCAGUGGGUGAUGAUAGGAGUGCUGCUAGCGCUGAGAUACCAGCCACUGGUGAUGCUGAAGAGGAACACGCGGGUGCACUACACGUGCCGCCUGGUCAGUCAGGGGCGCCUGCCUUCGCUGAGGCUUAG